AAAUAAACCCACUUUAAGAAUCUUUCCCUCUUGGUCCUGGUUCUCUAUGGUCUUAAUUAUGUUGUUGACUUGCUCACCACAUAAUUUUAAAAUGUAUUUUAUGUUACCAAUACUAGAUCUAUUAUCUAAAACUUCUAGUUUUAUUGAUAAUCGUUAAGAAACUCCUAGAGUUACCAAUAUCUAGAUAUGUAUCAUAAACAACAGGAUAUGUGAUGAAUUUGUAUAUACCCAAAAUUUUAAGGUAUUAUUACAUACAUUAUGUUAGAAUACCCAUUUACACAAUAUUCAGUGAAAUCUAUAAAGUAAGAAAAUAAGACAUGAUAUAUCCAUUGACUUAUUACUAAACAUUCAAUAAAUUCUUUACUAGACAAAUUAAACCAAGAAAAAUUGAAUGUGGAAUGAUCAGUCCUGCUGACUCAAAGAUCUUAUCCAUAAGUAAAGUCACUAAGAAUGAAUGUUUACUUGUAAAAAGAGUUACAUAUUAAAUUGGAUAAUUUUUAACAGGCAUCAAAGGAUAUGAGAUGGAAUUCAAAAAAAAAUAAGAAUGUUCAAAUCUUUGGUCAUGUAUUUUUUAUCUUGCUCCUGGUGAUUAUCAUCGAUACCAUUGUCCUGUUGACUUUGUUGCAAGAAGUAGAUUACAUAUUCCAGGUAAAUUAGCACCUGUUAAGGAAAGCAGUCUUAAACAAGUAUAUAUACUUUUUGAAAUAAUCAAUUAGGGAUUAUAUGAAGGAAAUGAAAGAGUAGUUCUAGAAGGAGAAUGGGAACAAGGACUGAUGUAUAUUAUAUUCAUUGGUGCAACUAAUGUAGGCUCAAUGAAGGUUAAUUUUGAUUCUGAUUUGAUUACUAAUACAAACACGUAUCAUAAAAGUGGCUAUAGAAAUUAUUAGAAUUUAAGUGUUAAUGCUCCUUAUUAAUCUAGUGAAAAAGGUGUUCAUAUAAAAAAGGGAUAGGAAAUUGGAAGAUUUGAAAUGGGUACUAUUCACAUUUGAUUAUUUUAAAUAGGAUCUACAGUUGUAAUUAUUUUUGAAAGUACAUCUAUUGAAUGGAAUGCAAAAGCUUAAUAAAAGGUUUAUUUCGGACAAUAAGUUGCUUCUUAUUGACAUAAAUAAUAUGUAUAAGUAC